GUUUCCAACCAGAAACGGGUUGCAAAAAUGAAACGUUUUCAGUACACAAACGGAUAAAAUAUUGUUGCGUUUGAUAUCCCUGAAAAAUAUAUGGACACCGACGUCAACAACAACGAUAAAGCAAAUCGCUGCGUUUAUAUCAGUUUUGACAACAACGACCAAUUAAUCUCCUCCUUCAUCAACUACCUCAAAGCUACUUUCAACCAUCAUGGGAUCUAUCAGCUCGAUGAUCAAAGCGAUCGGUUCGCCGAGCGAAUUAAGGUUCUUGUGGUUGUUUUCUCCAAGGAGGACACGUUCUCUUCCCCUGAAAAUCUUGUGAAUCAUCUCCCUAAGAAAGACCUUGUCGUGGUACCAGUGCUUUAUGGAGUCACGAUAUUAUCGGCGAGGCAGAUGGCAGUGCUCGAUCAGGUUUUACUAGACUCAUCAGCAGUAUUACCAGGUCACAUAUAUAAUGAAAAACGAAGUGAAUACGAAUUUAUGAAAGAGAUCGCCAGGGAUGUGUGUGAGAAGCUCUAUCCAAUGGAAGAGAUUGGGAUCCACAGGCGGCAAGAGGAGAUAGAAAACUUGCUAUGCGAGCAACCAUGGGGCGUUCGCACUCUAGGCAUUUUUGGUAAGCCUGGUAUUGGCAAGACGACUUUGGCUAUAGCCCUCUUUCGCCAUAUGUCGGGUGGUUAUGAUGCUUCUUGCCUCAUCACAGAUUUUGACACAAAAUAUAAUGAGAAGAGACUUGUGACUAUAGAUCCUGACUACUUGAGUGAGACUCCAGUGGAGAAGUUUGACCUAAACUGUAAUGAUUUAAAGCCGAUCCUUCGCAAGAAAAGGGUUCUUAUUGUUCUGGAUGGUGUGCGAAAUGCUCCGGACGCAAAGUCGUUUCUUGGUGGAUUUGACAAGUUUGGUCCAGGAAGUUUGAUCAUCAUAACUUCCCAAACUAAAAAAGUUCUUGAGGAGUGCGAGGUCAGUGAGUUUUAUGAGCUUAAAGGUUUAAACGAUGAAGAAGCUCUGGAGCUGUUCACAAAGGGGGCCUUUGGAAAUAUUGUCAUAGAAGAAAAUCUUAUGGACCUUUCAAAGAAAGAGAUUAAGAGCAAGACAAUGGUAGAAAUGGUAUCGACAUUGCCUGAUGUUUGUGAAGUACUCAUUGCAGAAAACAAAUAUAUACGGUUAAUCCCAUAUGAAGAAUACGACGAGACCCAAGAAAAUACGGAGUUCCAAUCUGAUAACGAUGCUGUGUUGGCAACUAGAGAUACAGAUAUCAUAACUCUGACCACAUCGGACUUGUGCUCCAAGUCUUACCCUCAGAAGAACCUGAGAUCCAGACUUUACAAGCGCUUCUCCAAGUCAUUACCUCGUAAUCUAAGGCUUUACCGAUUGGAUUAUAACUCUAUGAUCAGAUCUUUGUCUGAACACUUACAAAAGCACCAUGUUCUACUACAAGGAGUUGCUACUCAACUUCAGAAACUUAGUCAAAGCUUUUCAAACUCACGCGACCACGAUUUGCUAGAGCAAAAUCUCCAACGUCUCCUUACUCUCUCUGGUGGUUGCGACAGGAUCAAACGUUUUCUAGAUCUUCUAAGAAAAAGUAGAGAACUGAAUCGUAAGGGGAGAAGAGAACUGAAGAUUAAACUUGACCGAGAUUAAGCUAAUGGCUUGGGUCAGUAGUAUGUAUUAUGUCGAAUAAACUCAAGUUGGAUAAAACUGGGGAAAAACAUGUCCAUAAACUGUAUAUAAGCCAAUUUCUAGAAAUCUUUGUAAAAUGGUUUUGAUUGCUAUAUAUCAAUAAGUUGUAUAACAUGUAAAAUGAUUUAUAUUAAAUAUCUGGAUAUAUGUUAAAUGGAAAUUUC